GAUAUUGCCAUAAUAAUAAUAAUAAUAAUAUAAAGAAGCACUAAAAACAGUCACUCAUAGUGCCGCCCGCACCCCCCUCAACCUCAACACAUAGGAUAUAUCAAGAUCUAGAAUUCUAGAACCAUAUCUUGGUUUUAUUUUUUCAUUGGUCAUUGGGAUAGUCUAUUUCUUAUUUAUUUUUUUUUCAUCAUGGCGACUGAUUGAAAGUUAACCUCUUAAAUCCUUAAUCAUCAAUGAAAUAAAAUUACAAAAAUGGAUUCUAGAUCUAGAUAGAUCUUAGAGUUAGACAGACAUAGAUCUAGAAUCUAGAUCUAGAUCUAUAUAUAUAAUAUAAUUAGAAUCUGGCCCUGUUGUUUAGAGAGUAGUCCUUAAGGGACUGCAGGCACGACAUGGCCUAAAUUGUGCCGAUGUGCCUCAAAUCAAACAAUCAAUCAAUCAGUUGUCAAGUUCUUUAAGUUGGUGGUGUAUGGUGCAGUUUGCAGAGAGCCUGGAUACUCUAUUUAUAUUGACUAAAAAAAUUGAAACAGCAUUUUAACUUGUUAAAAAAAAUUGUGAUGCUGGGGAUGUCUGUAUCAACAGGCCUUAGUGGUCCAAUAUAUUAUGCGCAUCAGGUUCCUGAACAUUUUCAUGAGCACUAUAUUCUGCGUGGUUAUCGCCAUCCUAAAAGUUCAGUUACACAGUGCCUACUUAGUGUUUUUGAUCCAACAAAUGAAACAUUAAAUAUAUGGACACAUUUCCUACCUACAUGGUAUUUUGUCUAUGUUGUCUAUCACCUGUGGUGGAGUAUUGACUUUACUAAUGAUGUCUACAGCUGGCCGUUACUUAGUUAUCUUUUAGUUUGUUGUGCCUUUCCAUUGGCUAGUGCUGUGGCUCAUCUCUUUAAUGUCAUGUCUGAUUGUGCCAGACAUGUUUGCUUUUUUCUAGAUUACUCUGCUCUUAGUUUGUUUAGUUUUGGUGUGGCUCUCAUUUACAGGGCCUAUUGUUUUCCUUCACACAUUCUAAGUAACACCACUGGUUGCACAUGGUUUAAAGAUCAUUAUGUUAACUUGGCGGCCAUCACAGCGAUUUUAUGUACUUUUAUUUCUUGCGAGACUCGCUUUAUGAAGCCCAGUGCUGCUCGUAAAGCAAUUCGUUUAGGAGCUUUUGCCAUUCCAUACUUGUUUGAUAGUAUACCAAUAUUUUAUAGAAUUCUGUUUCCUGAUGUCAAUGAGUGGUCUGCUGAGUAUUUGCAUAAACGACAGUUUCUUUUUGCAUUAGUAGCUGCUUUUCUGUAUGCUUCUCAUCUACCUGAACGUUUAUUACCUGGAAUAUUUGACAUCAUUGGUCACUCCCACCAGCUGUUUCAUGUUUCUUCUAUUUUGGCUGUAAUGGACCAACUACAAGCAGUUCUACUGGAUUUUAAGGAGCGCAGAAGUUUUGUUGAACCCUGUUGGCAGUCAAGGGAAUUUAGUAAUAGCCUUGGUUAUUUGUUGAAUAUUUUUGUUAUUAAUUCCAUCAUUAUAAUGAUUUUUACCAUUCGUUUACUGUACCUGAAACACAAGAUGAAGUGCACUUAGUUACAAAUAAAUAGGCUAUACAAAAUUUAAUAACGUAAUUUAUUUUUUUAAGAAAUAUCAAAAUAUUUUUUUUUAUAUAAUUUCAUUUAAAGUAUAUAUUUCAAUUAUUUAUUUAUAAAAAUUGUGUUUAGAGUAAAAAAAAAAAAACAACAGUUGCGUUGCUAGGGAUGCUGACUGCACUACUUGACACCCAUUAGUGGGUGACACCAUAGUUGGGUAAAAAAAUUGGAAAUAGCAAUAAAACUUUUUUUUUAUUUUACAAUUAACCCAAUUAAGCAUUUUCAUGUUUAAUAAUCUUUCUAUAUAUAUAACUAAUUUUUGUUGAAUUAACAUCAAAAUGUAAAAAAAAUUUCAAUAUACAUCUAUUAUUGCCAGUUGUUUUUAAAUGUCCAUCUUUGGUUUUCAUUUUGUUGUCUUUUUGCAACUGCAUAUUAUCAGUCAUUCAAAUUCCAUUUUACAUGUUAUGUUUAAACACAUAAACUCACUCAUAACUAACAAAAGGUUGACAAGUUCUCCUUCUCAUAAACAGGUGUUCAAAUUUUCAUGGCUAAAAGAACUUUUUACAUAGAGCUCAUAAAGUUCUAGAUCUUUGAUAUCUUUUUGUAUUGCUAGGGAUAAUGUUAACUUAAAAAAAAUUGUUUUUAAUGUCCUUUUUUCAGUUUGGCAUCCUUCAGUCAUAAAGCAACUAUUGAUUAUUUCAUAGAAAUGAUGUCACCCACACAGCAGUUCCCCCUUCUCCAUGAAACAAUUUGGUGUCAGUGUCGUUGCAGGCUCUGCCAGGGUAUAGCACUGUUGUCGGUAAUAAAUUGACCUGAAGUCUGACAA